AUGGCAACGUACUUGCUGGAAAAGAAACUAAGACAUGUCAAUUCAAUUACGUUAAAUAAUGUUUGCCUUCCUAUCAAAAAGCCUAUUGAGAAUCUGCAUAUUAUAAGAGUAUCCCGCUGUUUCUUCAUUAUUGAAUCGUUUGAAAACGAUGGUGUAAUAUACGUUAGUGAAAUACAGAGUGUAAAUUGCGCACGUCAGGUACAGUUCAACGAUUUCUCAUUGAAUGGCAAUCCUGCCACAUGUCUCUGUCUAAAAGUCGUUUUAGAAAUCCCGGCUGAAGUAACACAAGAUAAUACCACCUCUUGGAUGGUUGCUAGAAAUAUAAACAUCGACUUGAAUUCACUUCAAGCUAUAGACUCAAAAAAUGAUAUAGUAAGCGAUUAUAACGUACCUACUUUCAACAUGAUAGAUCAGAAUGAAUAUAUUCCAUCCGCUCACCUUAUAACGUAUCGUUCACCCAAGAAUAAUGAGUCUCUGGUACAAAAUGUCGAUCUAAAAAGGUCUGCAAACUUUAAUGACCUUCUGAAGUUAAAUAGGCUUCUUGAUUACAUGGGACAAAUAUCUGAAGAGACGAUAAGCAUCUCAAAUAAAGUAGAUGUGCAUAUCAGUGGGCUAGGUAUAAACCAAUAUCAUUUAAGUAAUGUGGAUACGUCGAAAAAGGUAUUACGAAAAGGUAUAAGUAAGAAGAAACUCCAGGUAAGGCAAUUAAAGAAUGAACUGAAAAUUAUGCAACAGAGCUCUGAAGAGUAUGAGAAUGACUCCGAGUUAGUCCAUAGUGAUACUGAAACAAACUCAGAUGAUAAACAAUUUGGAAAUAAUGACGAGUUUGGAUAUUUUUUCUCUGAAGUUAAUGAGAAGAGGAAUCAAUUGCAGUACUUGCGGGCCAAGAAAUACCAACAGUUGAUUGACAUAUUUCAAAUUACCGGGCUUUUUGAUCCAGCACAUGGAUUAAUUGAAGUGUCGUAUGAUGAGAAUGGUGAAAGGUAUUUACAGUUUAAUACGGUAGACAGUGUUUCAUUUUUAAAGGAGAUAAAUGAAGAGAAUAAGCUUGAACUAAAUGCUAUGUUGGGGUAUUAUUUGCUUUUCUUAAAGCUGAUUUCCAAAAAAAUCUAUAGCCUCGAAUUACCUCAUAAACUAAUGUAUUAUGGUAGCACUUCAGUGAUUAAUAAUAUUUAUCCUCUGUAUUAUCCCGAUGUUGGUUCAGUUAAAAGCUUACAUAAGUUUAGCCAAGCUAUGAAAUUCUUCAAUAUAAAUAUAUUACAAAUUAGACAAUAUUUAACAAAGCAUUAA